AUGCACGUCAAGGUCCAUUGGGACGCGGUCGACCAAAGCAGUCUCCUCUACGCGUACUUGGCCGACAUCUAUUACGACGACGGGACGGGCGAGAUGGAGCUCGACGACGUCAAGCACUUUGUGCAUGAGCUCGUCGACGACGUCAUUGCAAGCCUCGAAGACCCGAGAAGCCACCGCGUGCGCUUGCAGUCGCUAGUCCACGUCUUGCAGAUUUCGUAA